UUAGGCAGGUUUGAUAUGCCAAGUUUGUUUAAGGAAGGUGACAUAAUGAUCGGAGGAAUCUUCCCGAUUUUCAACAAAGAAAUAAUCAGCACUUCUGCAUUCGAUAAGGAGCCACCUAAAGUGCAGUGUGAAGGGUUUGACUGGAGAGUUUUUCGAUGGACCCAGGCAGUUAUAUUUACUAUUGAAGAAAUCAACAAUGAUCCUGCUCUCCUUCCAAACAUAUCUCUUGGCUAUAGGAUACUUAACUCUUGUGAUUCUCCUACAAAUGCUUUACGUGCUGCACUAACACUGGCUAGUGGAGCAGAGGAGGCAGAUGUGACUUCUCAUUGCCCACCAGCUGUAACUGCAGUCAUAGCAGAGGCAGGAUCAACUCAGUCAAUAGCUGUGGCGGGAAUUUUCGGAACAUUCCAUGUGCCAAUAGUAAGUCACUUCUCAACGUGUGCUUGUCUGAGUGACAGAACUAAAUAUCCUACAUUUUUUAGAACAAUCCCCAGCGACUACUACCUUGCAAAAGCUUUGGCUGCACUGGUCAAACAUUUUGGAUGGCAGUGGAUUGGAGCCAUACAGUCAGACAAUGAUUUUGGACGUAAUGGAAUUCUUGCUUUUAAGGAGAAGGUUGAAAAGUUUGGCGUUUGCAUUGCUUUUGUUGCGUCAGUUCUACACACGUACACAAGAGACAAAUUCCUAGAAGUUGUGGAAAUAAUAAAACAGUCAUCUGUCAAAGUAAUUUUGGCUUUUGCUGCUGAGGGUGACUUUUAUCCUUUGAUGCAAGAGAUUGUGAACCAGAACAUUACAGGAAUUCAAUGGAUUUCUUGUGUGGCCUGGAUAACAGCACCUCGACCCUCCACACCUGAAAUCUACACAGCUUUUGGUGGAACCCUUGGAUUUGUAAUGCAAAAGAAGGCUAUUCCUAAACUAAAACAGUUUCUUACAAAUAUAAAUCCAUAUACAGAUCCACACGCACCUUUUGUGAGGGAUUUCUGGGAGAAUAUGGUCAGUAAAAGCUUACAAAGGGUAAAUUUCACAAAUCACUUUGGUGCCGAGGUGUAUUUUGAUGAAAAUGGCGAUCCUCCUGCUAAUUAUGAAAUUAUUAACUGGCAGUUGAUAAAUGGAAAAGUGCCCACAUCAGUGUGUUCUAAUGUUUGCCCAGCAGGAACCAGAAAAGCUCAAAUUCAGGCAAAACCUCUAUGUUGUUUUGACUGUGUACCCUGUGCUGAGGGAACUAUAGCCAACUCAACAGGUGCUGCAGACUGCACACCUUGUCCAAAGGAAUACUGGUCCAAUGAGAGAAAAGAUAAGUGCAUUCCUAGAACAAUUGAGUUCCUGAAAUAUCACGAGCCCAUGGGAAUAGCUCUAACAUUUGUAUCCCUGUUAGGGGCCUCAGUAUCUCUGGCCACAAUGGUGGUUUUUGUCCACAACAAAGAAACUCCUGUGAUAAAAGCCAGCAACUUUGAGCUGAGCUCUCUCUUAUUAUUCUCUCUUUUUCUGUGCUUUCUCUGUCCUCUCACUUUCCUAGGUAAGCCAACAGUCUGGUCAUGCAUGCUGCGCCACACCGCUUUUGGUGUGACAUUUGCCCUUUGCAUUUCCUGUGUCUUGGGAAAAACCAUUGUUGUUGUCACAGCCUUCAAAGCCACAUUUCCUGGUAACAAAGUUGCUGGACAGUUUGGUCACGCACAACAAAGAAUCAUUGUUUGCUCCUGCACUUUCUUUCAAGUGGUAAUAUGCGCAUUAUGGCUGACUUCAAACCCACCUUACCCACAUAUGUUGUUCACAUCCAGCAACAACAUGAUUGUUCUGGAAUGCAACACAGGCUCUGAGUUUGCUUUUUAUGUAGUGAUGGGAAACAUUGGGAUCCUUGCGAUCAUUUGUUUGAUCCUGGCAUUUAUGGCAAGAAAACUUCCUGAUAAUUUCAAUGAAGCCAAAUUGAUCACAUUCAGCAUGCUGAUAUUCUGUGCUGUGUGGAUUACCUUUAUCCCAGCAUACAUCAGCUCUCCUGGAAAGUUCACUGUAGCUGUAGAAAUAUUUGCAAUUUUGUCCUCAGCUUUUGGCCUAUUAAGUAGCAUUUUUGCACCCAAGUGUUACAUAAUAUUUCUUAAGCCAGAAAGAAAUACCAAGAAACAUGUUAUGGGAAAAACUAUAAACUAAAAGAUUAAAAAACAUUAACAAUUUAAAGUUAUGUCUUUUUUUUGUUUACAUGUAUAUUACUUUAGUAAACAUUCCGAGUCACUUAAAAGUCUGCAACACCGUAGUUUUUCCUGACAAUUCUCAUUAGGACUGUUGAGAGAGAUUUUCAGGCUUAGGCCCAGCAU